AUGGAUGUCAACUUCGUCGCCGGGCUCACCGCCGGCGCCGCCACCACCGUGGUCAACCAUCCCCUCGAUGUGGUCAAGGUGAAGCUCCAGCUCCACCGCCAGCCGCUCCGCCACCUCCUCUCACUGCUUUCGUGGGCCGACUAUACCCGCGGCAUCGUCCCCAACCUAGUGGGCAACGUCGCCGCCUGGGGGAUGUAUUUUGGCGUUUACGAGUACCUUAAGCCCGUCACCAAACAGUAUACGCCCCUGGAUACCGCGUCGUACGUGGUGCUGCUGACUAUAGCCGGGGUUUCCACCCUGGUGGUCACUAACCCGAUAUGGGUGAUCAAAACCCGAAUGCUUGGGGGUGAUCGACAUCGACACAUGUUGGGAUUAAUCAAAGACAUGGUGGUCAACGAAGGGGUGCUUUCUUUGUGGAAAGGGUUGGUGCCACUGCUAUUUCUGGUGGGGCAAGCGCUGCUCCAGUUUACCAUCUAUGACCACGGGAAAAAAUGGGUCCAACGACAACACCACCGCCUGCAAAACACUACCUACGAACACGUCUACUUGCUGGCCGGUUCUAAAGUGGCAGCAAUGACGAUUAUGUACCCGGCCCAAGUGGUUAAGCUGAGACUCCAGUACCAGAAAGUGACGACGCUGAUGAUGCAAGUGGUAAAGCAAGUGGCCGCCGAGAGAGCAUUUUAUCUGGGGUUAAGUGCUAAUCUUGUCCGGGUGGUGCCGGCGACCACGGUGACGUUUGUAGUGUUUGAGCUGGUGAAGAAAUGGCUUGAGCCUAAGAUGGAGAAGAUUUAA